AUGGCCAAUAGUUUCAUGUACUGGAAUGAUUGUGUUGACCCAGACGAUUUGGAAGCAAUGUGGAUGGAUCCUGCGGUGAGAGCUGAGUGGUUAGAGGUUGGGGAGACUAAAGGGCAGAAGGUUCAUCUCUCAAGGGAUCCUGAUGGUCAGCCUUUUCUCACUCAGACUGAGAUGAAGGCUGUUGCUGAUAUCACUGUCCGGAGACAUUUUGAUUCAAUAUUGGAUCCGGAAAUGAUAUGCGCAAUUGCUGAGCUUGAAAGUGACCGGAAGCCUCUCAUUAUGCGGUACAACAAAAAGACCAAGGAAACAGGCUUAGGGAUGUUACAAGUUUUUGCAAAGACAGCAGAGUGGUUGGCUGGAGGACAAGGCUAUCAGGAGUAUAAUGUGGGUGAAAAUCCUGAUCUUCUUCACAAGCCUUUUAUAAAUGUAUAUUUUGGGGCGGCUUACCUGAAAUGGUUGACAGACUAUCAGAAUAACCAGAGAAGUGAAGAGUUUGUGGUCAGAGCAUAUAAUGGUGGGACAAAAAAGGCGACUCACAAAUCUACACUACCAUAUUGGAAACGAUACCUUGUAGUGAAAGAGGCUCUCCCUUCAAGAAAGCAUGUGGAUGCUGGUCCUUCAAGCUUUCAUCCUACUAAUCCCUCGUCACCAAGCUCAAACACCAAUUUCACAUACUGGGACUCUAGGGCUUCCCCUGAAGAUAUGGAAGAUAUGUGGAAUCAUCCCGAAGUAUGUAAAGAGUGGACCAAAUCCAAAGAAGAAAGGGGAAAGGUUCGGUUCUCGCAAGAUGGUGAAAAGAGGCCUUACCUUUCUCGAGGGGAAAUGAAGGCUGUUGCAGAGAUAAUCGUUUCAGAGUACUUCAGCACAAAAGGAAUUAAAGUUCCUCUUGUUUGCGCUGUUGCCGAUACUGUGUGCAUGAGGUUUGUGAACGGUACUGGGAAGAAGGUGGGAAUUCUCGGAGUGGACUACUCAACUGCUGUGUGGUUAAACACGGAGCUAGGAUAUCGAGCAUACAGAGUCGAUUCAGCAGACGAUCUAACCAAACCAUUUGUUUCUAUGUACUUCGGCGUAGCCUAUUUGGUUUGGUUAUCCGAGUAUGAAGGAAGGGAAAGAAGCCAUCAGUUCAUUAUCCAAGCUUAUAUCAAAGGUCCUGAGCACGUCGACCUUGAGGCAUCAUCAUGUCCACUCUGGCUCAAGUUCGAGCAAGCUCUGAGUUACUAUGAAGAGCCCAAGAGGUAA